CAAAUGACGUUUACGUUUGACGUGACGUGUCGAUAUUUGUUUGAAGUUACACUUUUUCGAAACGCUUGCGAUUUCUAAAUCGGCUUACAUUAUCAGAAUACUCGAUAAGCAUUUUAUCGCCAUAAUAUCCACGUAGCUUACAUUUAGAGGUGUGAAAGAUGUUGCGUUUUCUAGUUUUUGCUGCUUUCCUGCAGUGUUGCAUUUCGCAACAAUAUCAGCAAAAGGUUGCUCCAGGGGUACCCCCACAGAACUAUCAGAAUAAUAAUUAUCAACAAGCACCACCCCCGCCACCACCUCAAGGCCAUCAGCAGCAGGUUCCCCAGCAGCAGUACCAGCAGCAACAAUACCAGCCUGCACCACCGCAGCAGCAACAAUACCAACAACCGCCACCGCAGCAGCAACAAUACCAGCAGCAACCGCAGCAGGGCCAGAUCAAAGUGCAGCAUGACCAUCACGGUGAGCCACAACUGCUGAACGCUGCCAACAUCCAGCAUGAAAGAGAACACAUACAGGAGCACAUGGACGUGCCCAUCGACACCUCCAAGAUGUCCGAACAGGAACUGCAGUUCCAUUACUUCAAGAUGCAUGACGCAGACAACAACAACAAGUUGGAUGGGUGCGAGCUGAUAAAGAGCCUUAUACAUUGGCAUGAACAGGGACACAAGCAACAACCACAGCCAGGGUCACCACCGGCCGGCGAAAAGAUCUUCGGAGACGAUGAGCUGGUCAAUUUAAUAGACCCUAUAUUAAACAUGGAUGACCAUAAUAGGGAUGGGUAUAUAGAUUACCCAGAGUUCAUUAGGGCGCAGCAGAAGAGUCAGAAUAAGGAGGGGCAAUAGUAUUAGUUAGACAUUCCGUUGACGAUUUUAGGGUGCUGGUUUUGCUUUUCCUCAUUUGAGCAGAGAUUUAAAAGUGACACAAAAGUACACGGUGGCAAAAAAAUAAGUGCUUUCCCGUUGCCAGGCAGGUUUUGGGAUUAUAUUGAGCAACUUUUACUAUGGGACCAACCUAGAAAUAGCGAAAAAAAAUUUGGCUAUUUCAUACAUUCUGGCCGGUCCAUUUUCUAAGGGAGGGUAAAUUUUUUUUCACGAUUUCGUGGUUGGUCCCAUAGUAAAACUUGCUCAGUGUAAUCUCAAAACCUCGCUGGCAACGGGAAUGCACUUAUUUUUUAGCCAGCCUGUAGAGUUGUAGUUUGUAAUGCCAGUUAUUGAGGUUUUAGAGUUCGUCUAAACUAAGUUUGUACGGUAACCGACACAGAGUGGCAGCGUUAAAUUCCUAACUCUCGCUUCUAAAUCGGUUCAGACAUAGCUUAGACGGACCCUGUUUUAAAGCUUUGUCGUAACACUUGUCUCGGGAACAUCUAGUAGGUACGGUGUAUAAAAGAGUUGAAAUCGAUAUUUACUUAAUCAAAGGUCACAAAAUACACGAAGUUGAAACCUCGAUAAGGUGGUGCCAAGAGGAUCAGAAGUUACUAAGGAGAUUGCCAUUCUCAUUUAUUUAUCUGUCUUUGGUAGCUGCAAUGUUUGAGCUCAAAUG